UCAGAGGUAUUAGUCUACUGGCUCCAUCACUUUGGGCCUGAGGCAAGGCAGAACAUCAUGGUGGCCUGGGGUAUGAAGAGGAGGAGGCAGCUUACCUCACCGAGGUCAGGAAGCAACAAGAAAGAAAGAGUCAAGGAAAAGCUAUAUUCUUCGAAAGAAUUCCCCCAGCACUUCAACAAGGCCCACUUCCUAAAAGCAGAUUCAGCUCUGAACUUUACGGAUUAACCCACUGGCAAGAUGUUGUGUUUAAAUCGAGAAGCCCACAGCUGGGAUGCGGUCAUAGCCUAGAGACACAAUUCCAGAUUCUUACAUCAGCCCAACCAUGACUUCCUGCCUCCAGGGACAGUGCGAGGGAAGCCAGCUCCUAAACAAGGACUUGAGUUUGGAAAUAAUAAUAACUACAUGAACAUGGCUGAGGCAAACAAUGCUUUCUUUGCUGCCAGUGAGACAUUCCAUACGCCAAGCCUUGGAGAUGAGGAGUUCGAAAUACCACCAAUCACACCUCCUCCAGAGUCAGACCCUGCUCUGGGCAUGCCUGAUGUACUGCUACCAUUUCAAGCCCUCAGUGAUCCAUUGCCUUCCCAGGGAAGUGAAUUCACACCUCAGUUUCCCCCUCAAAGCCUAGAUCUUCCUUCCAUUACAAUCUCAAGAAAUCUCGUGGAACAAGAUGGUGUGCUUCAUAGCAGUGGGUUGCAUAUGGAUCCGAGCCACACACAAGUCUCCCAGUACCGCCAGGAUCCCUCCUUGAUCAUGAGGUCCAUCGUCCACAUGACUGAUGCUGCCCGCUCUGGGAUCAUGGCACCAGCCCAGCUCACCACCAUCAACCAGUCUCAGCUCAGUGCCCAGCUGGGCUUGAAUUUGGGUGGUGCCAGUAUGCCGCACACAUCUCCUUCACCCCCAGCAAGCAAAUCAGCUACUCCCUCCCCUUCAAGCUCCAUCAAUGAAGAGGAUGCCGAUGAAGCUAACAGAGCCAUUGGAGAGAAAAGAGCGGCUCCAGAUUCUGGCAAGAAGCCCAAGACUCCAAAGAAAAAGAAAAAGAAAGAUCCCAAUGAGCCUCAGAAGCCUGUAUCAGCAUAUGCCCUGUUUUUCAGAGACACACAGGCUGCAAUUAAAGGUCAAAACCCCAAUGCAACCUUUGGAGAGGUCUCAAAAAUCGUAGCAUCUAUGUGGGACAGCCUUGGUGAGGAGCAAAAGCAGGUAUAUAAGAGGAAAACAGAAGCUGCCAAAAAAGAAUACCUGAAGGCCUUGGCUGCAUACAGGGCCAGCCUCGUUUCUAAGGCUGCCGCUGAGUCAGCAGAAGCCCAGACCAUUCGUUCUGUUCAGCAAACUCUGGCGUCAACCAAUCUGACAUCCUCCCUCCUUCUCAACACUCCACUGUCUCAACAUGGAACAGUACCAGCCUCACCUCAGACUCUCCCUCAGUCCCUCCCUAGGUCAAUUGCUCCCAAACCCUUAACCAUGAGACUCCCCAUGAACCAGAUCGUCACAUCUGUCACCAUAGCAGCCAACAUGCCCUCGAACAUUGGGGCUCCGCUGAUCAGCUCCAUGGGAACCACCAUGGUGGGCUCGACAGCCUCCACUCAGGUGAGCCCUUCAGUGCAAAGCCAGCAGCAUCACAUGCAGCUGCAGCAACAGCAGCAGCAACAGCAGCAGCAACAGCAGCAGCAGCAACAAAUGCAGCAGAUGCAGCAGCAGCAACUCCAGCAGCACCAAAUGCAUCAGCAAAUCCAGCAGCAGAUGCAGCAACAGCAUUUUCAGCACCACAUGCAGCAGCACCUGCAGCAGCAACAGCUGCAGCAACAGCUGCAGCAACACAUCCAGCUGCAACAACUGCAGCACAUGCAGCACCCGUCGCAGCCUUCUCCCCGGCAGCACUCGCCCGCCACUUCCCAGAUCACAUCCCCCAUCCCCACCAUUGGGAGUCCCCAGCCCACCUCCCAGCAGCACCAAUCACAGAUCCAGUCUCAGACACAGACUCAAGUGUUAUCACAGGUCAGUAUUUUCUGAAGACGUGUGUGGCAGGUGGAUUUGCACGCACCAAGGAGAGUGGCAUAUGGAGGGGACAGAGUUCGGGGAUGAACCUUGUAAGUUGGUGUUGGUUAUGCAGAAAUGUGUAACAGAUCAAAUGGUCCUCUCAAGUGUCUAUUAGAUAGGCAAUAAGAACUACCGUGUAGCUGGGUAACAUCUUUUAGCUGACUAUAAAUCGCUUUGUUUUUAAACGAGAAAAGCUGUGCUCUUUUAUGUGAUGCCUUUUUUAUUUAUUCAGGCUAUACCUACAAUAUGUGAAUCAAACUGUUUAAUGACUCCUGGGACAUAUUGAUGACUAUAAACUGGCCUCUCUGAAUCAUAGAAAAUGGCCUUAUUUCUUCAGAAGUGAAUAAACCACACUUCCAGGCUAUUUGGACUUUCAGACCACUAAAAAAUAAAAAGCACAGUUGUAACUACCUGAAAUAUGAAGAUCCAGUUUCAUACAAGCAUUUGUAUGAUGUGAAUAGUUGAUGGCAUUUUUUUUGUCAUGAAAAAAUAUUGUAAAUCACAGACUUUUGCCAAAGCUCUUAUUUUUUUCGUAAAUCUCUCCAGAAAAAAGCAAGUGAUUAGAUUCAAUUAUUGACUCAUUUCCACUUUUUAUCCAUGAUUUCUCCAAAUCAAACCACAGUAUAUGUUGUAACAAUAUCUAUUGACCCCUGUUAGCCCAUUAUAUUCAUUCCAAUUAGAAGACAAGAAAUGUGAAUACUAUAUUCCGUGUUUUGAGUGACAAGUUUCGAGAAAUAAAAACACUGUAUUUUUAAAAGGGAUAUGCACUUAAAUGAAAACAGUUAUUACGAAAGUUGAGAUUUAAAAAGAAAAAGCAAGAGUUUUUAUUAUGAUGUAAUACCAGUAGAAUAUUUAAAAGGCACACUACACCUGAAUAAUCAAUGUAAAUAUUUUCUUUCAAAGUUGUAAGUUUUCAUAUCAUGUGUUGUAAAGUUUUCCUAAAUGAGGCUUUAACGUAAACACUGGUGACAUAAACCAUUCAUUGCUAUGUUGCUUAUUGUGUUUUUAUGCUGUUUUAUACUUUUUUAUGAGUUACGAUAGCAGCAAUUAAGUUGUUUGUAUUUUGCUUAACUAAAACAAAAAUGCUUUUAUCUUGCUAUAGAAUAAACACAUUUCAGUAAAAACUGUGGUCUGUAUUUUGAUGCAACAACAAGGAAACUGUUCACUUUUCAAAUAAAAUGAUAUGUCAAAUUUCACUUUUGGUUCCUUGAAUACCUGUAACAUGGGGAAAUAUGGCAGGUACCGGCAUCAGCUUCCAUUUUCACUGGGAGACUCAGUAUUUGUGGCUAAGCAUGUGGAUUACACAUCUGAGAACCAGGCCCUUAAGUAUAUAUGGGAAAUAUUUUUUUAAUUGUCUUUUUGUCAAGCUGCAAGAAGGAGGUAAAUAUAUAGUAAAAAAGUAAUCAUCUUCUAUUUGGGUCUAGAACUACCUGGCAUUGUGCUGUUUGUUAUUGCUAUUAAAAUGGAUGGUGAAUGCUAAUUUUAAAUCCAAAAUAAUUAUUUCAGUGCCCAUUUCCCCCCCCCCUUUUUUUUUGCUCUAUAGUGGCUUCUCUUUGAGAGCUAUGUGACCACUAUCCCCAGUUGUCUUGCAUGAUUAAUUACAGCAUCUGUCCUGUCAGAAGCUAUAAUGAAGAGGUCUUGAUAAAAAUUGCAAAUUACCACUGGCAACAGUCUUAAACUGCUUAUGAUAAAAUGAAAAUUAAAAACAGCAAGUGUCAACCCUGACCAGAAUCCUAAUCUGGAAGGAAUGAGGGUGUGCGUGAUGCUGUCUGUAGCUAGUGUGCAAGACGUUCAAAAAUAAUAGAAUAUGGAUUCCUCCAAGUUGUCGUAUUUCAAAGAAUAUUUACUGUAUGUUGUGGGUUAUGAAUAAUAAAUUCAGCUUUCAAUAUUUUAUAAUCCUCUCAUACUCUGUAUUAUGUACAAAUAUUGAACAGCAAGAGAUUCUAAUUAUAAAUUUAUGGAUUUCUUGCUGUAGAAAAAUUUAUGUCUAAAUUGAAGCUUUUCAUAAGAUGUAUUAGUUGACAGGUAUCAGUGUUCAUACAGUCUUAGAAAGAUGCCUAAUCACAGCUACAAGGGGCGAUUGUAUUUCACAAAGAAAUGCUCAGCUCCCAUCAGACCCAUCAGAGGCAAAGCUGAUGGCAAAAGAUUUUCUGUGAAUUGAAACUAACAUUACAUAACAAUAAGAACCAUUUUAUAUUCUGUU